AUGAUUAUAGCUUUAAUUCUCGCAUUUCUGAUCGGAGUCUUUUCUGUUUUGCUCUUGGAGGCCUUUCUUCUCUACAAAUGGUGGACAUCGCGAGAAGCAGAUGCACGAAAUGUCUAUCCUCAUCGCACAAAAGUCUCAAACCCAGAGGUGAGAGAGCCGCCUGGUAACAUAAUUGGCUUCCAGCUGUUCUUAUUUUCUAUUUUUUGAUCUUGAGCGUAAUCCCUUGCUCUUAGCUCCCUCUUAACAUUCUUUGUGAUUUAGGAUGAUGCUAUGUUUCUUCUUCCCCAUGAUGAAAAGUCACGAAAGGCUGUAAAACUCGAAACUGAAAUAUGGAACUUCAUCGAUUCUUGCAUGCGUUUUGAAAUAACGUAAAAUUGUUUUUAGCUUAGGGACUUGUCAGAAAUUAGCAAGGGGGGAGGGGGGGUGGGAAUUUUAAAUUUGGGUUCGGAAAUGAGGUGACCCAUCCCUGCAAUGGGAGUGAAAUUUGCUAACCCUCCCCUUGACCUUCGCCUAAAAUAUCAUGACCCUGCCCCUCUUGUAUAAAAGAUAAAAUCUAGUUCUUGCAAUACAAGAGGGUGAGUCAGUAUUAUGAAAGCUCAAAAUAUAUUUCUAAUCUGUUCUUUUUAAUGCCAUAUACAUACAUUUUAGAUGACAGUAUUAAGAGUCUGACUCUGAUUCUGACAGCUGAUCACUCGACUCUCUUAUUUCUCCCAGGUUUUUUUUACAAAAUAAAGAACUUCUUUUUUCUUCUGUGGGUGAUCCUCUACAUGAUCAGGGACACAUAUUUGCAUGACCCUCACCCUUUUAACCGCCCAUUUUUCAUACCCCUCCCUUUUCUGCAGUCUCAAAAAAUUAUGACCCUUCCUCUGUUUCCACCCCCCUCCCCCCGCUCACUAGUGUGUUGCUGAACAGGUGGGGCACUAGGCAUAUACAUUCUGUUUCAGUGCUUUUAGAUUUAAAUUUUCGUGCCUUUUCUAGCUCUAGUUUUAAUUUUUGAUUAUAAUAUUUUAAACAGUUAUGUUUUUGCUUUUCUAACCUUUUCUAGCUCUAGGUUUUAGUUUUAGUUUUUAAUGUCAUUGGUUGAAAAUUUUGUUUUUUCCAGCCUUUUUAAUACUUAGUGAGAGUCUAUUAUUUUGCAAGCCUUUUUUUUAAUUGUAAGGCAGGUUUUUAUCUCUGUGAAGCACCAUGUAUAGGGCAUUAUUUUUAUGGAUAUAGUGGUGUAUAAGUAAAUAAAUAUUAUUAAUGUAAUUAUUAUUAUUAUUGUUGUUGUUGUUGUUGUUGUUGUUGUUACUAUUACUCAACUUGAACAUGUGCUUAACCCAAGAAUGGAUGUAAAAUGGUCAAUCUCAAAUAACAGGCUCACAAAAUACUCGUUGAUUCUUGAAUUUCUUGGAAAUUAGAAUGAGAAUUUUGUCUCAGGCUUUAUAAAAUGUGGGGUAGGACUUCCAUAUAACCCCAUACAUUCAUUAUGCAUGCAGCAAUUUCAUACCUUUUCUCACAAAAUUAAUUAAUACACUGUCAGUAGUUCAAUGUGAAUAGAAUGGAUACAUGUAUGCCUAAUAAAAUGUAUGGGGUUAUAUUGAAAUCUUACCAACUGUAGAUCAGCUAGGAAUCUUGAUUUUCAAAAAAUGUCCCUUUGAGGUACAUCCUAUAAAAACUCUACAAUUAUUAAAAGGUAAUAAUGUUUACAGCACCUGUACAUUAUUUUAUUUUUGUCAGCACUGAAUUAUGUAACAGUGCAACACUACAUAUCUGUUUGAAGAUUUUAGAUCUCAAUCUUGUAGAAAUUGUCAUUAAUUUUGAACUUUUUGGCACUUAAUUUAAAGCGUCAAUUUUGAUGAGGGCUCUAACUUUCUAAAUGCAAAUAAAAGCCUCAGUCUUGGAUUCACCAAUCUGUAUAUCUAGUAUAUCCCUCCAAAGGGAGUAAAUGACUUCAAUGUGAUACUAAUACAGACAUUAUUACAACUUGUAAAUGUAGUGCCUUGCAGAUUACUUCAGGACAGAGGGUGCCACUAAAGAAGAAAAAUGUAUGAGUUUGAAUCUAUUUCUAUCCUUUCUGUGGCGGGAAUGGCGAGAUUCUCCUCAGAUGAAAUCAUUUUUUCUGACAAAGAUGAAUGCAGAAUUCUCAGACCUCAUGCGAGGGAAAGCUGCAAGCAAGCUGAUCGAACAAAUAACCAUUGAAGAACUCUCAUUGGGUACAUCUCUUCCUGUCAUUAAAGGUGAAUUAUUUACCUUAGUUAUUUAAGACUGUUAGAGGUAUUACAAUUACACUGUACAGUCAAAUAAACAAUAAAAUCACAACUGUGGCAAUAGUAGUUGGUAUUAAAAGAGAUAGAAAAAAAGUAAAAGAAAACACAUUACAAGUAAAACUUAGACUAUUACUUUGGUAGCUGGGGCUUUAGGAUAAGUAUCAAUUGAAAGUAGUUGAAGGAUAACUUGUAGCAAGUUUGAAUAUGUCUGGGAGUCCCCACCACAGGUAAUUAAUAGAAUAAGAACAGUUUACAGGGGCACCCAACGAGAAUAUAGUUGAAAACCACUUAAACAUAGCACUUUUAAACGUAUUUUCAAUUAGUAUUUAAACGGUAGAUAUAGGCAUACUUUUAUCCAUUAAAAAUUUUUCAUCUGUUCGGAUUUCCUAGCUGAAAGUCUAGUGAUCUGAAAAUUAUAGGGAUCAAAACUUACAUGUACCUUUUCAAAAAUUUCAGCCAGAAAAAAGGCUCCCUAAAAUUCUAGGUGACCUUUUUAGGGUAAAAAUCCAUUAAAAAUGGGCAAUUAUACCAUUUUUUAGAUGUGUGAAACAAAUGUUCCGAAAAUUCUAGAUCUCAAAUCGUCUUCUGAACAGAUAUUUUCCGAAAAUUGAUGUUGGGUGCCCCUGAAUGCAAUUUAAGGUCUUAAAACUCUCCUUGUGUGAACUCCUAUAUUUAGUGUUUUGAGACUUCAAGAAGAGUAAUUAACAAACUAAUACAAUGCAACCAAAAUUUGGUACUUGAGGAUGUGAAAGUCACCUCUCAUUGUUUUGUUUUGCUUUGAAUCAUGCAAUACAAUAUUUUAGGUUAUGCGUUAACCAUAAAAACAGUGUCUACUGUAGGAUCCUUUAAAUUUGUAAACAAAUUAGUGCCUUGCAAUGUAGAGUUUGGUGCCUGAGACAUCAAGAACUUCCAUUUUUGGUAGCAAGCUGUCAGAUGGAGAAAGAUGGCUUUCAUUGCUGGCAAAUCCUCCAGCUAGGAGCUGUAAGCUACCAUGUGGAAGGAAAAGAGAAGGUGGAAGGUUUUGUAACACUGAGAAGACUUUGUGUAGUGUUCUUCAUUGUUACAAAAUUUAUGUGUACUAACUCCAAGCAUGAAAUUCAGUAAACAGGAUUCCAAGCAGGUUGUCAUUUUGCUUUUAACAAAAGUAAUUUAAAAGGCACUUUCACUUCAUAGACUGUGUUAGCUGGCAACUGUCAGUGGUUGCUUGUUUACAAAGCAACUUUUUUUGUAGGUGCUACAGUGAUGAAAAUAGGAACAAAAGAUCCUAACGAGGUCCCUAAAGAGUUGGACAUUGCUUUGGACCUUGAAUACUCCGGAGGGUGUCAUAUGGCGAUACAAGUUGAUCUUGUAUUCAACAAGUCUGUGUACUUGGCAGUGAAGCUGGCCUCUCUCCGCGGACGUGCAAGGCUGGAACUAAGUAGACACCCACUCACACACUGGUCCUUGGCUUUCUAUGAGGUAGAUGUUUGUACAAUCCAAAUUCUCCGUCCUCCACAGAGUCCUCUUUGUGUUAUAGGGAGGCUGGGGGAGGAGAACAAAAGAAAGCAUGUGGGGGACGAUGGGUAGGGGAAAGGGAGGAAGAGAGACUCCUGCCUUUUCCCUCUUUCCAUUGUCCACUGCAUGCUAACUAUUUCUCAAUUAUUGCUUAGUUUAUCGGAAUACCCAGCAGGAGUGUCUGUAGAGGAAAGAGAACCUAAUUCAUUGUACAUGAAAGGAAGAGUAAUUGAAAAAAUGUGAUGUAGAGCCGACUGUCCUUCACCCACACUUCCUCAGCACCACACGUAACCCUUGCGAGCUACAUUUAGUGCAUGCACUUGAGAGUCAUAAGUAAGUUACCAGUCUCAACUUGUUUCUCAUGAAACAAGGCUCUCAUCUUGAGAGGUGAGUAUUUUGUCUCAAGGGGAGCAUCUUGUCUCAAGAGAUGACUGUCAUCUCCGAAGAUUCUAAUCAAAGUUGUCCUCUCAGAGAGUUUUAUUUGAGUGUGUUUCUUUUCUUAAGGAACCAGAAGUUGAGUUUGAAGCAGAAUCCCAGUUUGAGGGCAAGAACCUGCCUCAGCUUACCUCUCUCAUUUUAAAUCAUCUUCGAAAAUCAAUACAAAAGAAGCACACAUUGCCUGCCUACAAAAUCAGGUACAGCCCACUGUUCCCAGAGCUUAAACCUCAAGAUGAGGCCCAGGAGGUCUACGUUCAUGACAGUCUGGUUACAGUUGGUGAUCUUGAGGUCACUGUUGUGGGGUGUAGCCGUCUACCUGAGUUAGAGAAUGGGGCGUGGCAGUAUUGUACCCUUUCUGUGGACAUGUUGCCGUGGAGUCAACUUGCAGAGAACAGGAGAGCAAUGUGGCCAACAUUUGAGGUAUUUAAGGCAGUUAACAUAUUUUGUAGUUAGCAGGCAAAGAAGAAAGGGCUAAGAAACUCUACACAAAAUCCUUUUUUCCAUAUGCAUUGUACAUGCCAUAUGAUAUUAGUGAACUCAUGCAAUCUGGACGGGAGAGAAAAGAAGAUGCAAACUUUGUGUAACAUGCAUGACAAUAGUUUUGUUUGAAAAACCUUUUCGCCAAACUUCACCUUUCUUCAAACAGAUCUUUUCUAAAAAGACCAUAAGACAGUUAUGUUAAGUAAAGAUCAUAACAAAACACCCAAUUAAUAACCCUGUCACGUUUGUCACACAUAAGCAUUUUGCCGUCCUCUUCUUUCUGCCAUCCUGUUGCAUAAACUCACUGAGAGUGGAUAUAGAUAUAACUUGCACUGUUCUUAAGUAGUGGUCACCAGAGACUCUCACCAACACCUUUGUCAGGUAUUUAUUUACCAAAAAGAAUAUAGAGCAUAUAUAAUUGAUUGUCUGUAAUGAAGGGGCAAAACUUCCAGGCUGAGAAGAAAAUAAUAAUAGUCUAGUCUACUGUAGAAUAAAUUAAAAAAAAAUUAGUAAAUAAAAAUAAAAUUUUAAAAGGAAAUAAGUAGGAAAGAUACAAUGCACAAUAAAAACAUACAGUUUUAUAAUAACUCUUGGAUUGAAUAAAUUCAUGGGGAUCAUAGAACAAAGAAAAAUAAUAAUGCUCUACGCUGAAAAGAAACACAAGUUUGAGAGAAAGACUUGUUUGUUGAAAAGGCCAAGGGCAUAACAGUACUAUUAUUUUUAUCGAAAAUACGUCAAUCAGAUGUUGAUAAGUACAGAAUAAGCCUUAAGGAAUGACUGUGGAGUUGUAUGUUUGCAGGUGCGAUCAUAUUUUGUUGUCCAGCAAGGAAACUGAUUUAUAGUUGGAUGUUUUGUCAUUUUAUAAUUAAAAGCUAAACAGUAUUAAAAAAAGAAAAAAAACGGAUGUGAAAUAAUAUCACAAAUCACUUGCGCGGGAAUUAAACUUUGCACUUGACAGCAGAAAUGGUGGAAACCCAAGUUUACACAGUUUAUUAAUUUUAUUAAAGUUAUUAUUUAUUCCAUAUUCCAGUGUAGCAGUUUUCAUACUUGACCUUCUUCAUUACAUCUCAAAUAGCAUUAUAUUUUCUGAACGUGCCAUUUCAAUCGCAUUUAGUAUGUGUAUUGGUAUAUUACUUUAUUCAUGCUCACUCUACAUGUGCUUUAUGUUUUCUUUGCAGAUUGAGAUAAGUCGAGAAAGUAAUGAAAUCUCAUUUGGUCUGACACUGAGUAAAGAGAUCAGUGAGGAUGACCUUGGUAAAGCCAUUAUCAUAAACACUAUAGUAGUGGGCUCUCCUGCAUAUUUUGCUGGAAUCAUUGCAAAAGAUAUUCUUAUAGCUAUCGAUGGACACAAGAUAGAAUCUCUCAAGCAAGCUGCAAAAAUGAUUAAGAACAAAAGCAGGUAAAUUAUGGCGUUUUGUGCACCUUCCAGCAGCUGUUCUUCUCCCAAUAAUUCCCUGUUUGCAUCGCCGAGCCUCGGUCACAAGGCACCCCAUUUCAUUUAAUAGUAGUCCUGGGUUUUACUUUGAUCAUUGAUGGCUGGUGGUAUCUCUGUGCAGUGAUUAUGUACUUUCUAACAAACCGUUCGAACGGGUGCUAAUAUUUUUCGAACGGAUAGGCAAACCGUUCGAACGGUUGAUCGAUCGCUUCGAACGGCUUUUUUAAAGAGUUCGAACGGAUAACGAACGCUUAUCCUCUUCUACGGGUACCGGUGUGUCCGUUUUGCCCUUCACAGUUACAUUUGUUCCCCUCCCAGUAAUUCCCCGGUUGCAUGUCCUCCGAGCCUCUGAUCCAUAUUAUCUUGUAGUAUAGUUCUGUACUUUGCGCAUUUAUGGCUGGUAGUGUCCCUGUGCAAUGAUUCUGUACUACAGUGUAAUUCUACCGGAGCCGCCAGCGGUGCACCAUGGGUAAGUAAAUCUACCCAUCCCAAAAAAUUUGGUAAUCACGUGACCGUACACCGACUGUCUGUCCGCACCACAGGCAUACCAAUGUAAAAUAACUCAAUCAACAGGUGUGGCAACCCAAAUGCAACUCGAGAUUAUUUUGGCGGGAAAUCGCAUAGCCGCCCGGGUCUUGUAAAGCAGAGACAACUAAAGUUCAAUAAAGACGAAAACGGAAAGGGCGAUUAUUUCUGAAUCCGUGUUGGUGUUAAGCUUAGAUUAAUUGUCAUGUCCACAAAUUUGAAAUAUAGAGCAAGAGAAAGACAGAGGAAAAAGAGAAAGUAGGCGGCAGGCCAGCGAAGCUGAACGAGAAAAAAAGCGACAGAGAUCUAGAGCGAGAGAUAAAGAAACAAAGGAGACAUUUUUUUGUUGGAAGGACAACAUGAAAAUUUUGUGGCGGCGGUGACAAAAUGAGAAAUGCUAGCGGCCACCAAUGCAGGUGAAAAAAAAGUGGACGAGAACACGUACGACAUUUCCUCCAAACAACGUGUAACGUCUUCUGGAAGUUUCACGAUGUAGUCGUGCAAAACAACGGCCAAGAAAUGUACAAAAAAAGUGUGCUGCACGUGUAAAGUUGCUUUUUUGCUAAUUAGACUCAUUGUUGUUUUUCACCGUUCUCCGGCGUUGCCUUCGCCGCUUAGCUCCGCUUAGCAUAACACGAUUUUAUAUUUUGUUUGAACAAAGUUUUAAUAUCAUCGAGAGCUUUUGGCAGAAGUCUUGCAAAUAAAAUAUCAGCUGCUGCUAUGUUCCCAGUCAGAUCGGCCACGAUGCUACAGUCUUUCUCGCUUGACGAAGUUGAUGAAAAAACAGUACUCAAGCAUCUGCUUUCUCUAAAGACAAAUAAAGCUAUUGGCUUGGACAACAUCAGUGCGAGACUUUUAAAGUGUGGCGCGCGUGCUAUUUGUCCCUCGAUCACCAAGUUACUGAAUCUCUCUAUUCGCACUGGCAAUUUUCCUGAAAUAUGGAAAUGCUCGAAAGUGGCUGCACUUUUCAAAACUGGAGAUAGGAGAGAUGCGUCAAAUUAUCGCCCAAUUUCUAUUCUGCCAACAAUGAGUAAAAUUCUGGAAAAAGUCGUCCAUUCCCAAUUCUAUGACUUUCUGAAUUCAAAUAAUCUCCUUUCAAGCAAACAAUUUGGCUUCCGUCCCAAACUGUCUACAACAUCGGCUCUCACCAGUUUUGCAGAUGAGGUCCUAUUGCAUAUGGAGAGUGGAGAACUGUGCGGUGCAGUGUUCCUAGAUCUGACCAAGGCAUUCGAUACCGUUGACCAUACGAUCUUGCUAUCUAAAUUGUCGGCUAUCGGUGUCUCGCCCAGCACUCUACAGUGGUUCAAGUCUUACCUGAAUCAUCGUAAACAGCGGACUGCCUGUAGCGAUGCUGUGUCUGACCCUCUCCCGAUGACCUUUGGGGUGCCACAGGGGAGCAUUCUAGGACCCUUCUCUUCUUGGUUUAUAUUAAUGACCUUCCGCUGGUUAUAAAGAAUUGCGAAGUGACUUUGUAUGCUGAUGACACGGUCCUGUACUACUCUGCUAAAGAGCCACACCUGUUAGAAGAGGCACUGAAUGAUGAUCUCUUGAAAGUUGCCCAGUGGUUACAUGGAAAUAAGUUAACUUUAAAUCUUACUAAGACGAAAUCCAUGAUUAUAGGCAGUAAUAGGAAACUUGUUGGUAUUUCCUCUUUCACGUUAUCUAUUUUGACACUGAUAUAAAUUCUGUAAGUAGUUUUAAAUAUUUGGGAGUUAUGUUGUCUUCAACUUUCACAUGGUCCGACCAUAUUGAGUAUAUUUCAUGUAAGGUUAAUAAAAACCUUGGUCUUCUACGUAGGAUUAAGUAUUAUUUACCUUAUGAUGCCCGGUUACUUUUUUUUUAUAAUAGCUUAGUGCUACCUAUUUUUGAUUAUGCUGAUUUAGUCUGGGGUGACAAGGACAAUGUCUCACUUAUGAAGGAAUUGCAAAUUCUCCAAAACAAAGCAGCUAAAUUGAUAUUAGAUAGAUCACCUCACUCCUCAUCCACCGAUGCUUUGAUUGUCUUGAGAUGGCUGAAUCUUGAAGAACGUAGGAAAUGUCAUCGAUGUAUAUAUGCAUACAAGUGUAUUAAUGGCCAACUUAAUCAUUCUUUGGACAUUGUAAGAAAGAGUGAUAUACAUUCCUACAAUACGCGCAAUAACGAUACUAUCAAGCUCCCCAAAAUUAAAUAUAAUUGGGGAAAACAACGUUCGCGGUACCACUGUUUCAAAGACUUUAAUGAAUUAGAGAGAACUGUAAGAAACUCAGCAAGUUUUCCAAUUUUUAAGAAGUGUCUUUUUUUUUUCUGCUUUUUAUAAUUGAGUACUUGUAGUGUGUAUGUUUUAAUUAUUUCUGUAACUCGAUUUUAGCUUUUUUUUUUUUUUUUUUUUUUUUUUGUAUCAUAUAUAUCGACUUUAGCUUAACUUUUUUAUAUUUUAAUUGUAUUAUAUAAUAUACAUCUCGUAAUUAGGACCUCUAUGUAAACCACUCUUGUGAUGGAGCAUCCUAUUAAAAGAUUGUUAUUAUUAGCUUCGCUUUUAGCCCUGGCUAAAUCUGUGUAUUACUUUAUACAACGUACUGAAUGUGACGCGUAUUUUGGUUGAUCAUUACUUGUUACAUCUAUUAGAAUACACACACGGUUGGCGUCAUAGUUCAUAGUUUGUUUUGUGCAACGCAGCUUACAGGUUUGAAAAUGUGUGUCAGAAUAUUCAAUUUACAGAUAGGAAAAUGAAAAAUAACCUUGGCAAUACGAAGUUUUAGUUACUAGCAAAACUCCUAAAUUCGAUAAAAAAAAUCGUCAAACGGUCGCAGGCUGUGGGGCUAGGGUAGUCAUGGUUUGUUGUGGUUGUGGUGACGGUGGUGAUUACGUUUUCUUUUACGCUUUUGUUGGUAUCAAAAUUAAGACCGGAUGUGUUCAAUAGCUGUAUGAAAUUGAACCUCUCCACAACGGUCGCCUUGGGGACAGGAGAAACUGGCCGCUGCAGAGAAGUUUAAAAGAACAGUAUCCCGUUUCUGCGAAUGUACUAAACUUUGAUUUUCUGACAGGAUGUCGCGAAUUCAAAAAAUUGCGAGGAGAGUAAGAGAGCCUUGAAAAAUCCGUUUGCAUCUCCCUUGGUCGAUAAGUCUUCUUGCUGCGAGCCACAUUUUAAAUUGGACGAAAGACUUCUUCGAAAGUCUAAAAUAUAGAGAAUGUAAACAACAAAUCUCCGUCGGCAGUACGGUCCGGAAGGAAGUCCUGUCACGUCAAUAUGACAGUUAAACUAGAGUCUAUGUAUGGAUCAUUUGUUCGCAGGGACAAAAAAAGUGGCCGUUGUAGAGAGGUUGCCGUCAGCGGAGGUUCCACUGUAAUUAUCCUGCUUUGUAUUCAACUAGGUUCACGGCCACAGUACAAAGGCCACCUACUAGAAUAACCGAAAAGGGGAGCCAGGAAAACUCCUCGGAAAGCGAACAAAACAGCAAGACAGUUGUGGACUUUAAGAAUGUAUCACUGAACAACGACAGUGAAUCAGAGGACGAAUUCGUCAAUAUAGUUGUGCCAUUGUUCGAACUUGGAGACAGUGCGAUUAAGGAAGUGCUUUCAAGAAGUACAGAGGUGAGGCAGAGAGCGGAGAAGAAGCUGAAAGCCAAGCAAGGUCUGUUCUGGACUAUUUAUUACUUGUCCAAGUUUUCUGUUUCUAAUUUAACUCCAUGCACUUGUUGGUCGGCAGUUCUAAGCCAUGCUGCGGUAAUUACAGUAUAUAGGAAUUUAGAACCCAGGUCAAACGGUUUCGAAAUUGUUCCUAUUCCUCUUCACACCUGGUCUUUCUGUCGUUACGUAGCGCUCCUCUCCACAGAAAGGGAGGAAGAGCGACCGGGUGCAGUGUUGCGUGACGACACAAAGAACAGCUGCGUACAGUACUAGACUACAAUUGUUCAGCAUACAGUUAUUUCGAGAAAGGUUGUCAGAAAAACUGUGCACGCUACAAUCCCGAAAGGUGUUUUGGGAUAUGAUCAAUACACUGUUCCUGACACUGUAGCUGUCGAACCUACUUUUGUUGCUUUCCUUUAGCAUUCGCAAACACACGUUCAUGGCCUCUCGUGCCGUUCUUUGAAAGUUCUUUUGAAAAACAGUGAACAAAAAACCAUCCACAAUACCUUUCAGGAUUGUCGCGUGCCCUUUUUCCGACAACCUUUCUCGAAAUAGCUGUAUUCCCGCCAAUGAUGAGACAUGUUCGACACCCUCUGCUGAAUUUUUUGUUACCCUACUGUAGAUUAUGCAACGUACUGAAUGCCACAUGUGUUUUGGUUGGUCGUUACCUGCUAGAUCUGUUAGAAUACGCACACACGUUUUUGUUUCGUCCAACGCAGAGCAUAGGUUUGAAAAUAUGUGUCAGAUUAUUCAGUUUACGGCUGCGUACAUUAGUCCUGAGACUACAUUGUUCUAGCAGUGUUUGACACCCUCAAUCAACUUUGUUUGCAUGUAUGAUGUGAGGAUUUUAAAGGAGCUGUGUCACGAAAUUCAGCCAAAUUAGGAAAUUACAAAAUGCCUGUUAAAUUAAGAAAAACAUAAAAAUAACUGGUUAAAACUUUAAAGGAAGGUUAAAAUAACAUAACAGAAACAACAGAUGCCACGGAUGGGCAAAACUGAAGAAGAUUGAAACGGAUUGAAAUUGGGGUUUUUGAAAACUGUUCAGCCUAACAGUUUUUCAAAGUUGAUCCCUGCUACUUGCAACUUUAAAAAUAAUGCUCAGGAGACAUAUUUGUUUGUCUCGGAUCUCUGAUUUUGUUAUUUACAUUUAAUUUCUUUACUUACUUUAAGUUUCACAGCGAUUGAGGGCGAGCAUUGACAAAAUUAAACAAAAUGAACUGGACUGCCGUGACACAGCCCCUUUAAAUUGUAAACGUGUUAAAACUUUAUUUGGACACUGUAUCGUCAUAUUUUAUUAUUAUUAAUUAAUAUUAUUAUUAUUAUUAUUAUUAUUAUUUUAUUUCUUGAAAUUUUGAAACCUUGUGGUACGCUCUCUCAACUCCGUCAAGCACGUGCACGCAAAGGGCAUCUGUUUUGAAGAGCUUUUGGUAAGGACGUGUGACCGUUUGACUCAGAAUGGUCUCAUAAGCUCCGUCCAUUUGCACAUCUCCUUAAAUACACCUUGUUUGUCCCCCAAAAUAAGUGGCAAUCAAGAUGUAUUACAGGAGAUGUUCAAAAUGUGACGAAUGGGUAACCUGUGAUUGGGCUACUACUACCAGUCACUUUUUUUGCUCAUCCAAACUCUUGUCAGCAGGAAGAAAGGCCUCCUCUGGGACUUCAACCACGGAGCAUGGUUCUCAAGUGAAGCCUGGAGUUGAACUGCAAGUUACCAGGUUAAGAACGUCUAUUUGAAAUGCAUUUGAUAUCCUAAAAGGGCCACAUGCACCUCAACAUGCAAACUUCAUAAUGGAAGUCCUCAAUGUGAUGUUACACGGGACGAUUUUAGCGCAACACAGCGUUCCAACAUUGUUGUUACAUUGUUUCGAAUGGCUGCAAUAUCGUUCCAACAUUUCAACCCUUGCGAAUCGUUCCGUGUAACAUCACCUUUAAGCAACGACGACAACGACAAAUUGGUUUUAGGGUAAAAAAAACUCAUCUGCGGUAGAGAGGCGGAUUGCGGUAUUGUGUAAUUUUAAGAUGGAUCUUUCACUAAGAUCUGUCCUGCAGCUAACGCUAUAAAGAAUAGAUACUUUUGAAUGGGAACUUACUGACUCUACUUGUCGACCAAGUUAUUGCAUUCCAGCAAAUUUAGUUAACAUAACGCGCUUUGUGUUCCCAUAUCUACAGAGAUCAAAAAUUACCCAAAGUACAAACGAAGGAAAUCAAGCAAGAAUCACCGGCAUCGGAGACGAAAAACUCGGAUCAAAAUAAUCCCGCCACAGCAGAGGGCAACAACCAAGACGCGACAGCGUCAUCGCUAACGGCUCUGGAUGGACUUGACUACACAAGAUCGAAGCUGGUUUCGUCAAGCACGGUAUAUGAAGUACUUCUUCAGUGUACGUUAUAAGGGCUAAAGACCUCGAACAGCAUCUCUCUAGUUUUCUUAGGUCCUCGAGCUAAGUGUGUGAGAGAAGCAAAUCAUUAUUGUUAUUUUUUUUAUUUCCUUUACACUUAUGCCCUCGUUUCUCGUGGCUAGUGCAUUUUACUUAAGUACCCAGAUUUCUUUCAGGGGCUCAAUCAUGUGAUUUUUAGCAACCGCGCCAUUUACUUUCCUUUUCAUAGAGUUGACUGAAAUACAGCCGUUUAAAACGGUAUACGUACACGAGCUAAAAACAGAGAAGCCAAUCGAGGACUUGGGCGGGCAAUAUUCGCGAAGGUUAAAACGGGUUGCAUUCGGUUAACGUUGAAAAACGUCGAACGAACAGUUUUUUUAUGUGUACAGUACUUUGCCUUGUCCUUUGUUAUGUUAGAUAAAAAGUUUCUGGGAAACCGCCCAGCUACCCCUCCCCUAAGCGAACAUUUUGCCCUAAGUGAGAAGUAAGUGUUAAUGCCGGCUUAGGGGAGGGGUAGCUGGGCUGUUCCCCAGAAACAUACAAUGGUCCGAGUAAUUUUAUCGGUAAAAAGCCUCCCGCUUUGCUUUUAUUUUGUUGUGGGUGUUUGCUUGUUUGUUUGUUUUUUGAGAGAAACAAAAAAUACGAUAUGUGAAAUAACGAAACGCGGGAAGUUCAACUAAAAUACCAUUACUUAGUACUCUAUUUACUUGCUGCCAUGUUAUGUUCAUUAACAACUCAUUCCUUGGUUUUUAGGAUCCUGUCUGGGAUGAGACGUUCAAGUUUCAAGUCCUAAAGAAAGAUCAGUACCUUAACGUGUGCGUGUGGAGUAAAUCACAGGAGAAAAAUGAAAAAGACACUGUGCUGGGUUAUGUAAGAUGUGUUCUCUCACCCUAUCAUGAACUACUCUUUACUGCCAAAGAAUGUAAGACCAUGUGAAGUCAACCAUACUUCCUCAAUUAACCCAGGUCCAUAUUUAAAAUGUCGACCGUGAAAGUGACAGUGAUUUGUGACUUUCGCGUUCCCCAUAACGUAUUUUUUCCCACAAAAUUUUUGCGUAAGUUUUGUCUUCCGUUUCCCAAGGGACGAUUAUUAGUCCCAAGAGAAAUAUAAAAACAGUACUUACUUAAAAUUUUGUGGGGAAAACAAAUAACCUUAUGGAGAAAAUGAAAGUCGCAAGUUGACGUUUUGAUGACCAGUGCGGCUGUCAUCAGGGCAAAUCUGAUUGGUCAAUGAGCUGGUUAAUUACACUACUCAGACUACUUAUGUCAUGAUUCCUGGGUUCAGAUCGGUUACAGUGGUGCUCUUUGCUCUUCGUGGUGGAUAAAUUUCUUCAAUACUAGCUCGUACACCGACGAGCAAAAAUUCGGUAUCUCUCGUCGGGAACUCGUUAGCUUGAUUGUCAGUCGGCCCAGGUGGUUUGCGGCGUCCUAGGCCGCCUAGUAAGAAAGAGGCUUGGGACUGACCCGGAAUUGUUAUCUUAUUUUUACCUGCUUGUGACAACUGUGGACGUACGUGAGCUGAACAGGGUUAAAUUUUUUUCCAGGUUACCGUUCCAUUGAUGGAUAUUGCUCUUCGCUGCUUAUCUUUUACCUCCAAGAGGCAUGAGGAGUGUUAUGUGCUGGUUUCUCCACAUUCUGACAGAGUCAUCUCAAAGUAAUAACCCUUAACACAUUUUCUUAUCUUUUAGUUGUUUGUUAAGUUUCCUUUUUGAAACGUCAAACUGCCGUGACAUAAUGCUGGAACUCUUAAAAGAAACAAAGCGACGAACGGAACCAGCAGUAUUGCACCAACGCCUGCCCAAAAGAAGUCUUCUUCACAAUUCAACUUGCCAAUAAUAAAAAAAAAAAACAACCAAUAUCGAGAACCCGCCCGUUAACUCAAUUGGAUAAGCACCGGUCUGUCGAGUGAGAGGCUGCUGCUUCAAACCCGACUAGACACUCAGGUCUUUAAAUAACUGAGGAGAAAGUGCUGCCUUUGUAGUGACAUCUGCAAACGGUUAGACUUUCUCGUCUUUUGGGAUAAGGACGAUAAACUGUACGCCCGUCUCACAACCCUUGCUCAUUUAAUGUAUUCUGUGGGGCGUUAAACGAACCCACUCACUGUACUUAUAGAGAAGUCCCCGCUGUUGUGGUAUAUUUUAAAUCCACACACAGGUAUAAGACAUUUACAAUUUACAAUUUAUUUACCGUAUUGCAUGUUAUUCCUUUUUAGCCAGCCAUACCUACGCAGCCUUCCUGGUCUGAAGAAAAACCUUUGCUGUGGAGAUAUGACGCUGAUUUUUCUUCAUACUCCAUCUCUCCAGGACUGUGACGAGACAUUUCUGGAUAAUCUUGACUCGCUAAAUGAUUCGGAACCCAAGGUAAGGAGGUUUCGAGCGAAACCAUGUUGUAGGCUAUCAUCGUGUGAGGAUUAUCCACUUGACGAAUGUAAAUGUAAAUGUAAUUUAUUUGUAAAUGUUUUGAUCCCCGCUCGUUUUCAGUGUUGCGUUAAUUGAAGCUUCGGAGCAAGGAGAGAACCAACAACAAACUCAAUAUCAACGGCGGCGGUGGGAGGCGAGCGCUCUCACCACUGCGCCACCCUUGCUCGCUUUUUGAUGAGCGCAAGAUCCUUUCUCAACCCCGUGCCUUUUAGACAUUAGGGACCUUAAUCAACAACGCGGUGACCUCAAACUUUCUCGCUCUUAUUUUUGGAGUUGAAUUCUAAAGGACUGCAUCAAAGUUCUGGAAAAGAAAAUUGUUGCCUUGUAUUCCCAUCCUCGACAAAACGUAAAAUUAGGAAGUUCCACGUUGUAGUCGUGUAACCACGGCUAAGAAAAAUGUACAAAAAAGCGUGAUGAACGUGCAACGUUGUUUUUUGGGGAAUCUAAACCUACUGCUUUUAUGCCGUUCUCGUUGACGACGCCGUCGCCCUAUUAACGUUACCUAACUCUCUUGGCGCUGAACAGGAAUUCGAGUUUGACAUCAAGUUUGGCCUGAGAAAACAGCCGAGAUUUCGCGACGCCACCAUUGGUUUCCCCGCCAAAUGACGUCUGAGAAACGAGUGCAGAUAUUCCAUAGUGAUAUCUUGCUAAUGCGUAUGAGCACUACAGAGAUCUGGGUAGUGACACGUCAUCAGUAUGGAAUUUCUGCCUCAGACGUCAUUUCGCGGUGAAAUGUUAGCUGUUUUCUCAGGCUUCAUCAGGUUUAAAUUUACAUUCGACACGAGUUCAAGUUUGACUUUGUGCUGGAGUAAAAGUUUGACCUCAGUUGAAGUUCGAAAUGUUGGGCCCUUGUGCCUCUGUUUCAGUUCUUGGUUAUACGUUUUUUCCUGUCGCUGCUUUAAUCAAAUUCUACGAGAUAAAAUAACAUUAGCUUGUUUUAACACGAGUGUAGAAGAGAUGUGUACUUCAAUUAUAUCUUUCCCGAUGUAAUGAGUAAACCAACUCCCCCUGGUCAAAUUUCAGAAUAAACACUUUUAGUUGAAUUCCGGGUUUGCAACCACGUAACAUGGCAGCCUUGUUGCUUUGCAAAACGUAACAUUUUUUAUUCGCAGAACUUGCACCAAAAAAAGAGUUCAGUUCCCACCGAAGGGAAACAACUUUGUUAUCGUCAACCUUUGUAGCCGCCGUGUUGUAGCUGCAAACCAAGUCUGGUCCCCAGUCGUCUCUCAGUCUCCUAUUAAUAUUAGUGAACUUACGCAACAGGACGGGAGAGGAAAGAAGACAGCAAACCUUGUGUGACAAGCGUGACAAUAAUUUUGUUUGAAAUAAAUUUUCGCCAAACGUCACUUUUCUUCAGACAGAUCUUUUUGUGAAAGACCAUAAAACAUAAGUGUUAAGUGAAGAUCACGACAAAACACGCAAGUAAUAGCCCUGUCACGUCUGUCUCGCACAAGCGUUUUGCCGUCCUCUUCUUCCAGCCGACCUGUUGCGUAAACUCACUAAUAGCGGGAGAAUCGUGGUUUAAGGCAACGCAAGGGGUAAUGGAAAGGAGGAAAGACAGGAAACUAGUUUUCAUCCUAAUCACCCUCGCACUUUCUUCGGUCACGCUUCUCGCGUUUUCUCCGUGUGCAACCCAAAGGGGACUAGUCAGCUGCAAACCGGCAAUAUGUUGGAGUGUCCAGUUUUGCAGAAAGUGAUACUCACUGCUGCAUUAUUUCCGUUCAAGGAUAAAAGCCAAGAGAAAGACACACUUGAAAGGUACGCAGGGAAUGAUUUAUGCUUGUUUAAACGGUUGGUUUUGAUGUCAUAGAAACUACCCUAUUAAAGGCCAACUUAUACAUAUUUUUGCAAAUGUCAUGCAAUUGUGGUCGCAGAUUAGAUUUAUCUAUCACCAAUGAGCGAGGAUUGCGAACUCUGAAAGUCGUAUCUCAAAUUUAAGUGAAGUCUAUUGCAAAAUGUGUGACGUUAUUGAAAUAACAGUUAAAAUUAAGAAAAGAAGCCCUGUGCAUUUCCUACGAAAAAAAACAUCUAGUUACUCGCUCGCCUGUCAUUGUUUUAUUGUUAUUCUUUAGACCAGAUUACUUCCUCAUGGCCUUUCACUAAUUUAUCAUAUUGACUAUUUUUAUUUUUGUUAUUUGCAGUCUAGAGCCUCCCAAACACCAGUUUAAUUUUACCCAGUUCUAUUUUCCCACAAGAUGUAGCUACUGCAACAAAAAGGUUUGUGCCUUGAAGGUUUUUGACAUUUUCAAUUAUUUCUAGCUAACUGGUUAACUGACGGACUGAAAGAACGAACGAACGAAUGAGUAACUGACUGAAUGACUUACCAACAGAGUCUGAAAACUGACAGAGCGCCUGACUGCCUGACAAAUGAACCGAACUGACUGUCUAACUGACUGACUUACCGACCGAGUCUGACAAACUGACUGAAUGCCUGACAGACGGACCAAACUGAUUGACUGACUACCUGACAAAUGGACCAAACUGAUUGUCUGACUGACUGGCUUACUGUCUUACUUACUAACUGAAUGACUUACUAACAUUACGGUCUUACGGUUCUAAUGAAUCUCUGAAAAACUGACUGUCUCUCAAACUGACUAGCUGAUUGACAAAUUGUUAGAUUUGCCGGGUGACAUAAGGCUUGAAUGACUGAUCGGUGAUACUUCCCGGACUGACUGACUGACUGAGGAAAACAGUGGAUUUGUGGGAGAAGUGCACAGUCUGGCUGGUUACAUGACUCGCUGACACACUGACUUGCAAUAUGCAUGUCUAAUUGAUCGGGGUGAAAUUAACUUCCUGACUGGUCUUUGAAGGAACUGAUCGCUAGCCAGUAGAGAAGAGGGGUGAAUGUGCAGACGUAGAGACUGGUGUGUCAUUGGAUUAUCCUGUCGAAACCAUUGUGUGGUUUGAAGUCAAGGCUUGUUUUUCUCAACUAGGUUUGGACCAAAGUUGCGUUCCAGUGUAGGACGUGUGCAAUGAUUUGCCACAAGAAAUGUUUGCAGAAUUGUAUGAAAUAUACUUACUGCAUGAGGUAAGAACUAUGCUUGAGUAUUUAUUAGGCUGCCUGUGGCAAAGCCCCUGAGUAGCAAGGGAGUUGCCUGUCCCGUCCCUUCUGCAAUGGGAAAAUUACUUGACUUUUGGGGAAAGGGGGAUAGUUAUUUCAGAGAAAUGCAAAAAGGCUUGAAACUAUUCAAUGAGCCUCUGUAUCGCGCAGCUAGCAGGCCAAUGUACCCAUUAUGGGGGUCUUGUUCAAGUCAGUCUUGCUAAAUAUUCCAGUCGUGAACCUCUGGAUGUUGUAAGCCUUGUGGCAGUGGUGGCUUGAAAUUACCGUUUGGGGGUAAAUUGUCGGCCAAAAGGGAUCUCUGUAGAAAGUAAACGUCCAGAACUAUUCGUAAAUUUUCAAAAGACGAAGCAUACGUUACCUUUCGCUCACCUAUUGAAUGGAGGACUAUUUACGUGCUCAGAUGUUUUCCUCUGUGAUGGAAGUCAGUGAAAGCUGGCCAAAAUAAAACUAAGACAAUUUUAAAGCGCUGGACUUGUAACCAAGUCUCGCCCUGACCGCUAGCUGGAUUUGUUCUCGGUAGUGCUGAGGUUAAAUCUUCGGCCAUGCUUGUAAAUAACUAACUGGUUCGCUUCCUACCAUGGCCAGCUGGGAUUCUUAACAAUUUUUUGUUCCGUUUGAAUUAUGUUUCACUAUCUCUUAUAAGCCCCAUAACUAGAGAGGAUUAUAAGUAUUUAUAUUUAUGAUUAUUUCGUGUGGUGUAUAAGGUUGGUGGUUGUUAUUUUUCAUAUAUAGUUAUUAGUUAUUUAAUAUUUAAUAGCCUGUAUCCAAAACGACAUAAAUCGCCUUUCUUUUCGAUUGCUGCGUUGCCAGUGUGGUAGUCCUGACGGUAUAGUGGUUGUCACACCCGAGACAAGAUACCAGGGAGACGUGGUCUCAAACCCCACUUAAGGCGACAUUUUCUUUCUUGGUCACAAUGCUGUAUUCGGUAUUUAUAAUGAACAUCGCAUUCUCUUGCCUCUAACAGUUCCAGAAAAUCAACAGCUGGUUGGUUUUCAAAGACGACAUCUCAGCCAGAAAACGCCGGUAAGCAAAAGAAAGAAGAAGACACUACCGAAGGCGACGGGACCGUCUCAGAAGCGGGUUCCAGUGAAUCACAACGCGAUCAGCUCGAUGGCAAGCGAGAAAAGACUUCAGACGAAGACGAGAUGAAACAGACGGGUAAAGAAGAAACAAAGAUGGACACAAACGGAAAGGUAAGGAUCUGGUUGUUUACUGGAAAAUCUGGUAGGAAAGUACAGUCGAAUCCCACUUUACGGACACCCGUGUAAUAAGGACACCUCACUACUACGAACAGUUUUCUUUGUCCCUUGGGAACGCCUUUACAUUUUCUCUAAAUUCAACCCGCUUUUAGUUCAUACGGACACCCAUAAAUUGCCUUUAAUGCGGACAACAGACACUUUUUUCUUGCCCUACCAACAAAUCCUCAUAGAAAGUCAACCUCGCUAAUGGGGACACUUUACUGUCAACUGUUUGCUGUAACUGAAGGUUACAGGAAGCGUUCAGUUGAAAGCAUGUUGAAGUUCUUAGUACAGUACACCGGAUGGGAUGAUUUGUAAACGUCAAUUUCAGACUAUUUUGGCGUUAAACGAGUUAUCCUUGAAUUUUUUCCGCGGAAUGACGGCUUUGAGAAGGUUAGAGAUGUUUAAUGUGACGACGCCAAUGUCCUCUUUAAUUUCUUUGGUAAUUUGUUCUAAUAAAAGGUGUUUUUGACUUUAAUAACAUGACCCGCUUAAUACGGACACCCAGUUAAUACUGACACUCUCUAUGGACCCUUCAGUGUCUGUAUUACUGGGGUUUGACUGUAAAGGUCAUGUCACACGAGACGAUUCACAACGACGAUUUUUAGCGCAGCAACAUUGUUGCGACAUUUCGAAUAAUUACAACAUUGUUCCAACAUUGCCACCCUGUGUUGCGCUAGAACUUGUUGUUACUAAUCGUGCCGUUUAACAUCACCUUGAGUGGAGCAUGACUUUGUGGGUCGUUCCAGCGGAAAAUUUCCGGGAGCAUUAACCGAACAUCUGAAAAAGUAGUCCUGUUUUUCAGGACGGAAUGUUUCCGAAACGGAAAUUCUUGCUCCAUUUCCUCGGCACUAUAUUUGAUACCAGUUCCAGGCCUUCGCGGCCUAUAAUAAUAAUGAUUGAAUUUGUAAAUUAUUUUGGCACAUAAUUCUUUUGAGUUUUUCUCUUCUAUAUACGUGUUUGUAUUCAUUUUGUUUAGAAACUUCUGAUGGAAAAUUAUUAUAAUCGUGCUAAUUUUGUGUGAGUGAAAUAAGAAUUGAAUUGAAAUUGAAUUGAAUUGGUCAAAUUUUUCUUGUGGUGGUCUCGCUUUAUUUAUAGUACAACUUAAUUUUUUUUUUUCUUGUUCUUUCUUUCUAUUUUUUUUUUCAGUCUGAAGCCAGUGACGAGGAGACAACCAUGACAAAUGACCAACUGCUGCAAAAGAAAGACAAACCUGUGGAACCCAGUGACAUGGUUAGAGCCUCAGAGAGAGUGAGGGAGGUUAGUUACAAAUGUUUACCUCCCCAAAGUAAAGGAUUGUAGCUGGAUAAACGCGUUCUUUGUGUCAAAAUAAUGUGACGUUUUCGUUUUAGGCUGGCCGAGAACUGUUUUCUAAUCUUCCGGUGGAGACUCGAAAAAAUAAAAUACAAGAUAUGGUGAGUGGAUGAUUUUUUCGGGCAAGCCUUACUAUUCUCUACAAUAGAGGCAACCUCGUCCCCAGGGCUUUUCCCUUAAAAAAUGAGUGGGGCCCAGCCAUUUUUUAACGAGAAAGCCCUGGGGACGAGGAUGUCCCAGGGGUCAUUUUUAUUUUCUUCACUUUAUUUAUUUUCAAACUGUAUUCUGCGUAUCUUCUUCAAGCUCUGACGCGAGCACUUACUUUCAAAUUGAAACUCCUUGUAGUGUCGAUUUCUUUCAUGACACAUUCGCUUAUAAAAAAAAGGUUGUACCAUGUCUAAGGAUUUUUUUUCUCUUAGAUGAAGAGACUUCAAGUGGAAAUUGACGAAGAGAACGAAACGCGCACAGAGUUGUACGAAAGAAGAAGCCAAGCAAAGGAGGCGAGAAAAAAGGCCGUUAUCGAAUCCUUACUGGUGAGUUGUGAAUUAACUUUGAGAUAGACACUAAGGAACGAUGGUGUUCUAGACAACUUUAUUGUACUUGUAACUGACUCGAUCAUAGAAGUAUGAAGUCACUGUUAGUACUUUUUACCCCGAACCCUCCCUUCUAGGUUGGAACGCCUGUCCAUCGCAGUGCACUUCUUCACUGUGUUCCCAGUAAUGUUCAAAGACCUUCAUCAACUCACCCUCCUUCGAUGGACGCUUAAGAAAGACGGUGCAAAAAAACACUGUAUUUGAGUGUAAAUGUAUUUAGCACGACAGUACUAAUUUUGGACACUAUUUUUAUGUCUCCUACUGGAGACCUCCCGCUCUGCAGUCAAACACUCUACAUAUGCCGACUGAGCUAAUCCUGCUGCGCCUGUCCUACUAUCUGCCUAGAUGUAUUGCGAAUCGUUAUUUAAGUGUGGGACAAAGUUUGAAACCAAAUAUAUCUCAGCCUCAGACUCUCUGAGAACUAGGUUUAUCUUAUGGAAAAGAAGUCUCUCUCCUGGAGGGUUGGUGGAAAUAGGUCUCUUAAAAGAAGCCUCACACUUUGUUUACAAUCUGUUUGGCUAGGCUAAAUCAGAGGAGAGAAGUCAAUCGCUGGCGAUGCUCAUGCUACAGUUCUGUGCUGGUUAUCAAAGCUGUGUUGAAGCAGAAGAGCAGGACAUGUAUCAGCUAUGA